AUGUCUAAUAAGAAACCUCUACUACCAUCCCUAGCCUCAUUAUUGACCCAUGAACCUACAACCUCAACAUGUUCAGCUCCAUCUUCACCAUUUUUUGAAUCAUACAACAAGAAUAGCUUUCGUAGUGAUGACCAAGGAAUAAUUAGAUUACCACCUCUGUCAGCUACUUUGGCAUCGCGUCCAAGAUCUAUCGAGUCUGCAGUUAGACAAUCUUCUAUCUCAUCUGUAGUAUCCGCCCCUGCUUUAGUUACAUCCACUAGUACUUUAUCACAAUUGCCUACUUCUGAUAAUGAACUUAAGACACCUGCAUCCUCUUCCCAUUAUAAGAUAAAUGCUGCAAACUCUAUUGCAACUACAACUAGUAACGUUACAACUAUGUCAACACCAUUUCAUCAACCACCAUCUCCAAGGCAUAUGAAUCAAAAAUUCUCAGUAAAUACACCAUCCACACCAAUGGUUAAGACAAAGACUCCACGUAGUAAUCGUAAGAAGAUUGAUAUGCUUACACCUUUUACUGCUGUAAAGGCUUCCAUUACUCCAUCGAGUAAUGAAAAGAAACGUGCUUUUGCGUUUAUUACACAUUCACAAGAGACAUUUGGUGUUAAAGAACCAAAGAUUGAUAAUGCUCCCUUAGCUCGUCGUAAGAGAAGAAGAACUUCUGUCCAAGAGUUAAAUAUUUUACAAGCUGGAUUUGAAAAUUGUCCAACUCCAGAUAAGAAACAAAGAUUAGCAUUAGCUGAACGUUGUUCAAUGACUGAAAAAGCUGUUCAAAUCUGGUUUCAAAAUAAGAGACAAGCUGUUAAAAGACAAAGACUCGCUUUAUCAAAACCAAUUUCUACCUCUAACGACAAUAAUGAUGAUAAAUGUGACACUGAACUACAUGAACAAUCUACACCAUUGGCACCAAAGAGUUCAAUCGAUACUGAUUCUAGCAAUGCUGACUUAAGCUUGACUGACAAUUCCAUUCCAAGUUUAUCCAUAUCUUACCAAAAGAAUCAAACAACACCAACAAGAAAGACUAAAAAUUUCUCACCAACAAAACGUUCCCCAACUCCAACUAGAGGUAGAGGACAAGCUUUAACAUUCCACUUAAAAACUGACAAGAAAAUAUUGACUCCAAUGAAGACAUCUCCAAAUAAUAAAGUUAACAAGUUGAUUAAUGGCUACAAUGACAGUAUCUUAAAUCAACAUCGUCAUAACACAUCUUCUGAAAACAAAUUCUUGGCAGGUUCUCCAUCAAAGAAGAGCUCAAAAUCAAAAUUAGAGUUUAAGACUUCUUUAGAAAAAACACCUCUCAAGGAAAUAAAUACAAACAUCAUCAAGAGCUAA